UUGCAAUUUGAAUAUAGGCCUGUCAUGAAAUUUGACCUUGUGUAGAAUAGUGACCUGUUGUCAUUAUGAUUGAAAACGAGGCUAUGCCACCUGUUUCACAAAGUGGAGAGAGGGCAUUUAAUAGAUAACAGGUUUAUGAAUAGUACUUCAAAAAGGACUCGAAUUAUGGACAAGGUUAUCAGAAUUGACGCGUUUCAAAUGUUCUGACGUUCUUGGCACUUCUCUUUUGGAUGUCUGAAUUGAAGGAUUUGAUCUUUCAAAUCAAAGAUUGCUGGGUCAUAUAAAGUGUGCUGUUGACUUUGGAAUACUCUCAUUAUUUUAAGAAGACGUAAUUAAGUUUGAAUAUCAUACAUUAAUGAAGGCCAUGUCGAUGCAAUUCUUAAAGACGAUAUCAGCAUUCUAUGAAGAUGCUUUGGAAAAAGGAGAUCCACGUGUGGAAUCCUGGUUCCUUAUGAAGAAUCCCAUCCCUGUGUUUGUCAUCUUCAUUCUGUACCUGCUAAUGGUGAAAUAUGGACCAAAGUUCAUGCAGAAUCGAGAACCGUGGAACCUACGACUCAUCAUCGUUCCUUACAAUGCUCUCAUGGUGGCAUUAUCAACUUAUAUGUUUUAUGAGGUCUUGGUUAGUGCUGUGUUAGCUAGAUACAGUUUGAAAUGUCAGCCGGUUGAUUAUUCAUCGAAUCCUUUGGCUGUCAGGAUGGCCAGUGUAUGUUGGUGGUACUGUUUCUCAAAGAUCCUGGAACUAUUAGACACACUGUUCUUCAUCCUGAGGAAGAAGAACAACCAGUUGACAUUCCUGCAUGUGUUUCACCAUUCCACAAUGUUGAUAAACUGGUGGUUUUAUACGAAAUAUGUUGCGGGAGGACAGUCCUUCAUCACUGUUCUCUUGAAUACAUUUGUCCAUAUGAUAAUGUAUUCUUAUUAUGGACUGGCUGCCAUUGGUCCGCAGAUGCAGAAAUAUCUCUGGUGGAAGAAGUAUAUGACAAAGUUGCAACUGCUGCAAUUCUUUACUGGUAUGACACACACGAUAAUCAACAUGGCAUCUGAUUGCGACUUCCCGCGUGCAUUUAAUAACGUCACAUUCGCCUACGGUAUAAUCUUCAUCAGUCUAUUCAUGAACUUUUAUUAUCAACAAUAUGUUGCAAAGAGCAAACAUAUCGAGAAUGGAAAAGAUCAGAACGGAAUUGUCAGAAAUGGAAUCGAUAAGCAGAAGUAGAUGUCGAUUUCGCUUCGAACAAGUCUCACCGAUGUUGUGAUAUUCUUUGUAAAGCAUUCCUUCCAUCGAGUCACGUUGCUGGAACAAGUCAACUUCAUGUAGGACACUGAACAAUUCUUUGCUUAUCUGUGUUACACAUGUGUAGACAAUUUGACAUCAAGCCUGUCGAAAUUCAGUACUCUCAACACUUGACUCGCUGCGUUCACAAGGAAGUCAUAAAAUUUCAAAAGUUCUGUACUGCAAUGCACUAACGUUGGUAACAAUCAAGGACUUUUCUGAAAAAACAAAUUUUCAAUUAACAUCAUCAUUUUAGACGAAAGUAUUGUGCCUUUGGGUUCCAUAUUAAGAAGGUGGACAUUUCACGGGAGGCCUAUUGGCCUCUGAGAAGUUAUUUUGAAAAAUAUUUUUCUCUUGAAAAUAUCACAUUGUAAACUUCCUAUUUUUGAUGCACUUUUCUAAAUGGUGUCACAAAAAACUUCAUCUUUUUUGGCAACAUGUAAUCCAGAGGAAUUUUUGGCGGUGAAUAUUUGUUAAAUUUUCAGAGAGUUUUAGACGGUGAAUGGCUUGUAUAACGUAGAGUGGGCAUUGAUAUAAAGAUAAUCUCUUUUUUACACGUAUAGUAUGUAGCAGGACAUUGAGAAUAGGGUGGUGUCCAUCUUUUUGAAAAUGAAUUUGCCUUGUUGAUGACAGUUGUUAUGGUGACCAAGGGUACCUGUUAAACAAUCUGGCAAAUUGGAGGUUCAUCAUACAAUCAUGUCAUAAUGCUACCCAGGGGUGUUGUGGGAGGAUGUCUGCUGGCGAACUCCUUUUUUUUGAAAAAAUUUUAUUAAUGGGCAAUGUGCAUCUAUCCUAAAGUAGUAUGUGUUCAUUUUUGGUUGUUCCUCAGGUCUAGCAAAACAGUUACACUAAUGAUAUCCUCGAAAACAUAAAUAUCUUAAUUAUUCGGUCAUGAGUUCAAUGGUUUCUGUAUUGAUUACAAAACUUAAGUCGAAUAGAUUCCUUAAUCAACAAUCAUUUCUAAUGCCUUCUGAUGAGAAGCAAGCAGUUUAUGUGGAUGUGUGUUGCAAAUUACGUGCUACAAUGUGCUAAGGUUAUUUCAUUUGAUGCAGAUUUCCCGGUGUGAUUUUUUUCUUCUCAUCCAAGUGUAGCAUUAUACAUGUGCAUGCAUGGAACAGGGUGUUUAUGUGAGCUGGCUCAUCUUGAGAAUUACUUUGCCAAAUAUCUGUUCCUGGUUUACAUUUAGAAAAGUAAGCAGUAUUUAGUUCAGCGUUAAUUUGCCUACAAAAAGCCACAUCAUAUGCUUACUUGCUGGUUGCCUCACUCAAUUUGAUACAAUAUUUGAUGGAAUAAUAUGCUCUCUAUAAAGCCAGAGCACAGCUUCUUCAGUUGUGGAUUUAAAGUACCCGGUAAGAUUGUAUUCUAGCCUGCAUGUAAUUUUAAUAUGAGGCAUAUCGUUAGGUAAAUUAAUUGGUAGGUACUUGUGAUAUUUGGGUACAUGUGCAUUUAAUUAUGUGUUAACAGAUAAUUGCAAAAGUGUAUGCUGUAACUAGGUUGUCAAAAGGAUUAACCCUUUCAGUGCCCAGGAUUUAGGCAUUUCGGGGCAUUUUCACCACCCCAAAUCUCACAAAAAUAAUUGAGAUAAACUCAUCAAAAUUCUUCAAAACCAAAAAAUGUUGGCUGAUUUUCACAAUUUUCCACCUAAAAUGUCGGGUGGCAACCCAUCCUCACAGUCGAAAAAAUUAUUCAAUUUGGACACCCCGGGCCAGAGAAACCAUAUAAAAUACAUUUGAGUAGCUGGGGACAUCUGGUGUCGUCUCGAGGAAGCACUGAAAGAGUUAAUUAAAAGUACGCAAAGGUUGCAGGUAAGUUAUGUUGAUUAGAUUAAUGCAUUCUCUCAUUUCCAUUUUGCUCGCAAGAUGCAUGCUAUAAAGUUUAAUGUUUAUUUGAUAUCACUCUAAAGUUUAUUGCAUAUCAUGUUAUCGUGUUCAAGACACAGAUUAUGUAAGUUGGGUGUAUUAAUUUCCGUGAAGUCCGAGCGGGACAACUUUUUUGGGUAGAAUAGGGUCCUUAGAUAUAUGUCCUCACAAGUUUAGAACCUUCUAGCUCAAAUAAGAACGAAACGUGCCACCUAUUGGUGAUUUAGUGGACUUUGACCUUUGUGAUCUUGAAAAGUAGGUCAUAGAAAAAGUCAGGUAUGGUGUGUAUGAGAUGCAUCACGUCAUAAUCUGAAAGUGGAUCAAAAUUUACAUCAUUUUUAUUGUCAGUGAUUGAUCAAUAACAGGUCUGGCGACUUGUACAUGUCCUACCUGAUUUCGUGUCACGAGUCACAUAUGCUAAAUGAAGAAUUUAUCCGAAAGGAAACUCUCAAAAAGUCUACUCUCCCAACUUAAUCUCGUGUCCUCAAAGAUUUAUGUCAUCUUUUCUGAUUAAGAAUAUCACGCAGUUUCAUUGCUCAAGGGGCCUUGGAACAGGUUCUUGACAAUGGGCUAACUCAACUGAUCUCACAGGAUCACAUGAUCACUUUGAUUUUUUUCUUGAUUUGACCAGGACUUUUGGUUGUUGGUGGUUAAAACCCAAUGAGGGGCCUUGAUCUGGUGGAAUCUAGUUGCGUAAUUUUUUAAAGAUUUGGUACCCCUCUUGCCACCCCUGGGACUAAAAUGUUGAAGACGGGCAUUCAGGGCUAGUGUGUGAUACAGAAGUUAUUAUACUGAAAGCAUUGCAACAAAGGUGAAUAUUUUGGGGAAACUUUUUCUCCAGGUAGUAGAAGAAAUUGAUUGUGGAAGCACCAAGUUUGUCUUCACUGAGAAGUACAAAAUGUUAGCAAUAGUAGAUAGUGUCUGAAUUUAUUGAAAGGUACACUUAAGAUUAUUGUAUAAAUUCUAUUCUAGUUCUGCUACAUUGGACAAUUGUUCAAAAAUGCUAUGGUGUUCAUGUUAAAAUCCAUUUUCUAUAAUGAAAGAUUUUCUUGUUAUUGUCUAUGCUAUUCAUAUCACAUUCAUGUCAAUAUACCUAUGUGAUUUUUGGAUAGAUUUGAAUAA